GCGAUCCCGCCGGCGAUCAGUCCGAUAUCCUUUCUUGAGUAGCCGGGCUUCUGUGUCUUUCUCAGGUACUAAUUUGAUUGUCCUAAGAGUAGAAUUUGUUAUUGAUCGGACGACCAAAAGAAGUCACCUUAUGGAUCUUCACGCACAGAGGGCAAAGGGUUUAGAGGGAAGGUGUAAGGUGCUAAUUAGUUUUUUCUGGUGGCAUCUAUUUGGAUUAGGCUGAUGUGUUAAUUCUUUUUUGACAAGAAUUAAUCAAAGUCUUUGUGGUUUUUGUUGUGUGUUUUACAAAAUUAGUCUACCAAUUUCCUUCUAAGAUUAUCUAUUGGUGCCCAAGUGGUGGCAGCUCAUUCAUCACCAUUGCAAUCACUGCCAGUGCUUGUUUACCAACUGCAUAUAAUAUAGAUAUUGUGCUUCUGGCUUCUGCCUGAAAUAAGAUUUAAGAGUGAAAUUUUGUUUUUCUGCUUCCAUCAUAAUAGCUACAAUAAAAAUUAACCAUUUAGAUAUUUGGACAAAGGAUGGUACAGUCUCUCAGCAAGUCAAGGUUGAACCCAAAGUGACAGAUCAGGAAGUACCAGCUCUUGAAGAUGCUGAAGUUCUUGAUGAGGUGGAAGAAAAUAAGAAACGCCACUUGAAUGUUGUGUUCAUUGGUCAUGUUGAUGCUGGGAAGUCGCAAUUGGAGGACAGAUACUCUUCCAUAGUGGUCAGGUUGAUGACUGUACAAUCAAAAAAAUAUGAGAAAGAAGCAAAAGACAAAAGUAGAGAAAGUUGGUAUACAGCAUAUAUUAUUGACACUAAUUAAGACGAGAGAAUUAAGGGUAUUACCGUGGAAGUUGGAAGAGCAUGCUUUGAGAAAGAAAAUACUAGGUUUACCAUUUUGGAUGCACCUGUCACAAGAGUUAUGUCCCAAAUAUGAUCAGUGGAGCAGCCCAAGCAGAUAUUGGUGUUCUGUAAAGGGGAAUUCAAAACUGGAGAUGAGAGGGGUGGGCAAACCCGUGAACAUGUUCAGUUUGCAAAAACUUUGGGUGUAUCUAAGCUGUUCGUGGUUGUGAACAAAAUGGAUGAUCCCACUGUUCACUGGUCACAAGAAAGAUAUGAUGAAAUUGAAUCUAAGAUGAUACCAUUUCUGAGGUCUUCAGGCUACAAUGUGUAAAAUGAUGUCCAGUUCCUACCAGUAUCUGGUCUUCCUGGUUCCAACAUGAAAAUGAGACUGGACAAGAGUGUAUGCCCCUGGUGGAAUGGCCCCGGCCUCUUUGAAGCUCUGGAUGUAGUUGAAAUUCGUCCUAGGGAUCCAAAAGGUCCUUUUCGGUAUGAUUUAUUGCUGUAGGAAUUCAUACAACUCCAGGAAGUAAGUAUAAUUGUAUAACUAUACCCUUUCUCCUUUUGUUAUAGAAAAGGCUACAUAGUUACUUAUAAGGACUCUGACUAUUUCUUGAGUCCCUAUGACUUUGAUUCCAAACAUAAGAUAAGUAACUAAAUAACUGGCUAGGAUUCUUAGAAAAUGAAACCUAAAAAAUCUAACUCCUAAAGAUCCUAGAAUGACCAAAAUGUACCCAAAUUAUAUUUUAAAAUGAAAACCAAAGUCAUGGAACUGAUAUUAUAUUAAUUCUGCCCCUGAACAUAGAAAAACUUAAGUAUAAUAAAUUGCUAAAAUUAAAGUGACUCAACAUAGAUUCUGAGUUAUCAAGGUUGUAUCAAUCUUUGAUUUCACAUCUAUUAACUAUAUGUUUUCUAAAUAUGCAGGAUGCCUAUAAUUGACAAAUUUAAAGACAUGGGAACCGUCGUAAUGGGAAAGGUUGAAUCUGGUGCCAUGCGUGAGGGUGAUUCCUUAUUGGUCAUGCCAGACAAGGCUCAAGUGAAAGUUCUUGCCAUUUACUAUGAUGAAGAUAAGGCUACACGUGCUGGACCUGGUGAAAAUCUGCAGGUUAAGUUAUCAGGAUUUCCAGAAGAGGACAUAUUAUCUGGUUUUGUCUUGUGUAGUGUUGCAAAACCAAUAGCAACAGUCACUGAAUUUACAGCCCAGCUGCAGAUCUUUGAGUUGCUUGACAAUGCAAUACUCACAGCUGGGUGUAGAGCUGUCUUGCACAUUCAUUCUGUUGUUGAGGAAUGCAAAAUUGUUGAGCUGCUACAACAAAUUGAUCCCAAGACAAAGAAACCCAUGAAAAAGAAAGUUCUAUUUGUUAAGAAUGGUGCUGUUAUUGUUUGCCGCAUUCAGGUUUACUUCUUGCCUUUUCACUCUUUGGGAAAUUCCAAUGUGUAUUCUCCGACAUUUGGAAUUAUCUAGAAUUAUGAAUGUUUUCCAUUCAACACGGUAUCAUCCUCCUGCUUGAUAAUUGUGGAACUGCUAUAAUUUCUAUGCAUAUGAAAGCUCUAGCAUUGCUCUGUUAUGUAUGCACCUUCCAAGCUUUCAAAGGUCUGAAGUGAUCGGAAUCUCCAACCAAUAUUACAUUUUGUCAAAUGGUUUUCACUGGCGGUUUAUUUUUAACAGGGAAAGAAGUUUUUCUUUGAAGUAGAGACUAGCCCAAUUAUAUUUGAAGCAUUUCUGUGUUUGAAAUUUGGUUCAUGAAUUAUGUCUUUUUGGCAAUAUCAUCUCGGGUGAAGAACUUGAUUUGUGUUGAGAGAUUCUCAGAUUUUGCACAACUUGGAAGGUUUACUCUUCGAACUGAAGUUGCAGUAGGAAAAGUCAUGGACAUUCCUUCAAGUGCUAGUGCAUAAAAAAGCUUUGUUGCUAGAGGUACAUCUACCGGCAGGUACGUCCACUAGACUCUCCUUAUGAAUAGGUUUAAGUUGCAACACAGAUCUUAAAUGAUGUUGCCGCGUUAACAAUAUAUUGAUGUCUUAAGGAGAGGUGAGGUGCCAAUGCCAGAUGGGCUAGGCAUUGGUACUUUUUAUACACUUAUGGGAAUGUAAUUUUUAACUUAUACACCCAUUGGCAUUUUUAGAACACAUGAUUGUAAUGCAUGGUUUUCACAUCAGUUUGUUGGAAAAUAUUUAGUUUUGGUUUGGGCAUUGGUUGCCAUGAAAGCAUUUCGUUUGUCAUUUAGGUUUUGGUACAAUAUUUAUGAGUGUAAAAGCUUAUUUACUGCUCUUUCAUCGUCUAUGGCAUCCUGGUUGUAAAUUGAACUGG